AUGAAGUUCCGCAAGCACGCCCGCCGUCUCAAGCGGUGCGCAAAAGCCAUGGUAACCAAUUCGACUCAGCCCUUCCGCUUCAUGGACUUACCCGGAGAACUGCGCAAUCAAGUCUACACCCUGUUGCUAUGUUCGUUCGGACCUCCUGUCGAGCAGACAGUCAGAAAACUCGGCGUGCCUAUUGCAUCUGCUGGCCACCGCGCAGAGACAGCCAUCCUUCUCACCAGUCGUCAAGUUUAUCUUGAAGCCUACGACGUCAUGGUGAAGGCGAACCGUUUCGUCCUUGUCCGCGCAUUCCCGCCUAUACCAGUCAUGGACAUCAUCCGGCAGAGUGUUGUAACGGUCAUCACACACAACGAUCUGCAUAUCUCUCAGUUCAAAGGCCACAUCCUCUCAGUCACAUUGUCGAUGCCAGCGCCUUCGCAUGAGCCGCCCAUGAGCGUCAUGCUCCUCGCCAGAGAUCUGCCAUCGUUCUGUGAGAAAAUCAAUCGAUGCACUCUUAACAACACUCUCAUAGUCGAUGUGGAUGUCGCACCUCUGCUCGGCGAGCACACUUCACUUUACAAAGACUCGUUCGACGCCUUUGUCUCGGAAGAGAUACAACUCAGUCUACUCGCUCCAUUCAAGACCCACAUGCGAGGCUUGAAGAACGUCCGUGUACAUGGUCGCGUGUCGCCCGGGCUUGCGAUUGCGACGGCGGAGGACAUGUGCCAGAAGGAAUGGUCGGAUCCUACUGAACUGCUUCACCAACUCCAAAGCCUUAAGAAACACGCAGAUGCGAAGUGGCAAGAUGGCUCCCGCAUGGAAGGAUCAAGCGUGUGGUCUGCGUGUUCGACAGAGAUCGGCCGUAUCCGCGCGUCGUCAUCCUGGAGCAACCUCGUCUUGUUGGGAGGGGAUUCAUUCGUCGAUGCGAUGAUUGAACUAAGGUUCUCAUGCUGCCUGAACCAUGCCUAUGCUAUACUAGCGAUGUUCAGCGUUGCGAUGGAGGAUGGUAAAGUUGGAAGGCUUAGAACCACCUUUGGCAGCAUGUCGUCGCGUACCUUUACUGCCGCUCACGAAUGCAUGGAGACAAGUUUUUGGCAGGAAGGUCGCACAUGGAGCCCGUCAUGGGCUCGUUACUCGAAGCUUCUUUACCGACAAGCGCUGGUCUAUCUCCUACACGGUAGUAUCGGAAACGCGGACGGAGCGCUCACUAUAGUCGAAUGUGCCCUCGAACGCUCGCCUAACGACACACCUUUCCUGGAAUUACGUGGCACCAUACUCCGAUGGAUCGCUUCUGGCUGCGACUUCGAUGCCGAUCGGGCUUCAGUUCGCAUUCAUAUGUCUGACAGCGGCGACAUUACAGUCGACAUGAUGACCAACAUGUAA